ACGGUGCGCCGCUCAGCGAGCUCUCCUGGUCGUCCUCCCUUGCCGUGGUGGCUGUGUCCUUCUCGGGGCUCUUCACCGUCAUCGUCCUCAUGCUGGCCUGCUUGUGCUGUAAGAAGGGCGGCAUCGGGUUCAAGGAGUUUGAGAAUGCCGAGGGGGACGAGUAUGUGGCCGACGUCUCGGCCCAGGGCUCUCCAGCCACAGCGCAGAACGGGCCCGAUGUGUACGUCCUGCCACUCACGGAGGUCUCUCUGCCCAUGGCCAAGCAGCCGGGGCGCUCAGUGCAGCUCCUCAAGUCCACAGACCUGGGCCGGCACAGCCUACUGUACCUGAAGGAGAUUGGCCAUGGCUGGUUCGGGAAGGUGUUCCUGGGGGAGGUGAACUCGGGCGUCAGCAGUGCCCAGGUGGUGGUGAAGGAGCUGAAGGCCAGUGCCAGCGUGCAGGAGCAGAUGCAGUUCCUGGAGGAGGUGCAGCCCUACAGGGCCUUGCAGCACAGCAACCUGCUCCAGUGCCUGGCACAGUGUGCAGAGGUGACGCCCUACCUGCUGGUGAUGGAGUUCUGCCCGCUGGGGGACCUCAAGGGGUACCUGCGGAGCUGCCGGGUGACAGAGUCCAUGGCACCUGACCCACUGACCUUGCAGCGCAUGGCCUGUGAGGUGGCCUGUGGAGUACUGCACCUGCAUCGCAACAACUAUGUGCACAGCGACCUGGCCCUGCGAAACUGCUUGCUCACGGCUGACCUGACGGUGAAGAUUGGCGACUACGGCCUGUCCCACUGCAAGUACAGAGAGGACUACUUCGUAACGGCUGACCAGCUGUGGGUGCCGCUGCGCUGGAUCGCACCCGAGCUGGUGGACGAGGUGCACAGCAAUCUGCUGGUGGUGGACCAGACCAAGAGCAGCAACGUGUGGUCCCUGGGAGUGACCAUCUGGGAGCUCUUUGAACUGGGCACACAGCCCUACCCCCAGCACUCGGACCGGCAGGUGCUGGCUUAUGCCGUCCGGGAACAGCAACUCAAGCUGCCCAAGCCCCAGCUGCAGUUGACCCUGUCCGACCGCUGGUACGAGGUGAUGCAGUUCUGCUGGCUGCAGCCGGAGCAGCGGCCCACGGCCGAGGAGGUGCACCUGCUGCUGACCUACCUGUGCGCGAAGGGCGCCACCGAGGCGGAGGAGGAGUUCGAGCAGCGCUGGCGCUCGCUGCGGCCGGGCUCGCCCUCGCCCUCGCCCUCGGCCGGGGCCCUGAUGGGGGCGGGGCGCGGAGCCGAGGAGGACUGGGGCGUGGCCGCCUUCUGCCCGCCCUUCUUCGAGGACCCGCUGGGUGCAACCCCCACGGAGAGCUCGGGGGCCCGACCAUCACUGCCGGGGGAGGGGGAGCCCGGGGAGACCGGUCCGCGGAGGGCCGCGCAGCACGGACACUGGCGCUCCAACGUGUCGGCCAACAACAACAGUGGCAGCCGAAGUCCUGAGUUCUGGGACCCAGGCAGUUACACUGACGAUUGCCCCAGCCCAAAGCAGACUCCACGGGCCUCCCCAGAGCUGGGCCACCCCCUAGCCCAAGAGAACCCCAGAGAGCCCUUGCUUGGGCUGCAGGCAGCCUCCCCUGCCCAGGAGCCGGACCAUUGCCUCAACCUCCCCCACAUGUGCUCUGCCCAGGGCUCGGCACCUGCUACCUGCCUGGUCACAUCUCCCUGGACAGAGGCACCAGUUAGUGGGGGUGACAACUCCCAGGCAGAGCCCAAGCUUGCGGAGGAGGCUGAGGGCUCUACUGGGCCCCACCUGCCUCUUCCGUCUGUCCCCUCCCCCUCCCAGGAGGGAGCCCCACUUCUCUCAGAGGAGGCCAGCGCCCCUGACACCCUGCCGGACUCGCCCACGCCUGCUGCCAGCACCCUGGACAGCAGCAGCAGUUCCCCUGGUGUGGAGGCACCACCCAGCAGUGAGGACGAGGACAUAACCGAGGCCACUUCGGGUGUCUUCACCGACGUGUCCAGUGAUGCCCUGCAGGCUGAGAAGCUGGAUGUGGUGCCGGCCUUCCGCUCUCUGCAGAAGCAGGUGGGAACCCCUGACUCCCUGGACUCGCUGGACAUCCCGUCCUCAGCCAGUGACGGUGGCUGUGAAGUGUUCAGCCCAUCAGCUGAUGGCACCCCUGCUGGGCAGCCCCGAGCCCUGGACAGUGGCUAUGACACGGAGAACUAUGAGUCCCCUGAGUUUGUGCUCAAAGAGGCACAUGAGCCGUGUGAGCCCAAGGCCUUCGGGGAGCUGGCCUUGGAGGGCGAGAGCCCCAGGCCUGACACGGGGCUUUCCACCUCCCUCGGGGGCCUCAGUGAGAAGAACCCCUACAGAGAUUCCGCCUAUUUCUCAGACCUGGAUGCUGAGUCUGAGCCGCCCUUGGACUCCAAGGAAAAGCUCAGUGAGGUCCAGGCCCUGGGGCCAGAGCCAGGCCUGAAGAGCCUGCAGAGUCCCGGGCAGCAGUCGGUGCAGGCUUCCCCUGGGCCUGAGGAGCGCAGCGAUGCACAGGGCCCUGGCCCCAGGGAGGGGUCGUCCCCAGAGCCCAGGGCCUGCCCCACGGGUCCCGGGCCCGCUCCCGAGUCCCAAGGCUCAGCUGAGGCGCUGCCUGUGCCCAGCCCUAGCCGCUCCAAGUUUUUCCUGCUGACCCCAGUCCUGCCAGGCUCGCAAGGCGACAGCUCUGAGCUCCAGGGUGCCCCAGGACUGUUGUCAGGGAUGGCCCCACCGGAGCGGAUGGGGGGUCCUGGCACCCCCAGACCCCCGCUUUGCCUGGCCCUGCCCGCCCUGCCCGCGGCCUUGGAGGGCCGGCCGGAGGAAGAGGAGGAGGACAGUGAGGACAGUGACGAGUCCGACGAGGAGCUCCGCUGCUACAGCAUCCAGGAGCCGAGCGAGGAGAGCGAGGAGGAGGCGCCGGCGGUGCCCGUGGUGGUGGCCGAGAGCCAGAGCGCGCGCAACCUGCGCAGCCUGCUCAAGAUGCCCAGCCUGCUGUCCGAGGCCUUCUGCGAGGACUUGGAGCGCAAGAAGAAGGCAGUGUCCUUCUUCGACGACGUCACCGUCUACCUCUUUGACCAGGUCGGCCGCCGCUGCCCGAGC